GUAAAUAUUAAUGCCUUAUUAAAUUAAAAUCGAGGGUAUAUUUUAGUAUUAAAUAGAUUUUAGGUCAUAGUAGAAAGAUGAAUAUAAAUAAUUUGGCAAGUAUCUAAAAGCAUUUAAUGAUAAGAUUAUUUAUGUUAGACCUUAUUAAAAUUGAGAGACAGAAAUAAUUAAUAUUAGGCAGUCGAAUUAUUAGGAAAUUCAAGUGCUAUUCCAACAUGUAUUUUAAUAGCUGAAAUCAUAACAAAAAAUACACCUGGAUUAUCAUAGAUUACAUAUUUUUAAUAGUAAUAAUUAUAACUAUGAUUAGAUAAGACAAUAAACAUGAUUAUGAAUCUUGUUCGACUGGAAUAAAAAUUAGAUUGACUUAUAAUCCAACAGAAGUUGAAUUGUAACAACCAGGUUUUUAAUAGAAAGAAGUUGAUAAUAGGUUAUAAAAUAAUUGGGAUGAUUUGUAUAAAUUUGUAAUGAUGUACUCAAAUAAUUUGUCAAUGUUUAAAAAAUAAUGUAUAUCAAAAAAUAUUAUAAAUUAGCAGAAAAACGAGAGAUAUCUAAUAAAAGUUAGAUCAAUUAAGUAUAAAGUUAGUUUUAAUAACAAUUAACAAAUAGUUUUAUAAUUUAGAACAAUGAAGAUCCAAGAACAUUUGUUUAUACAUGCAAACUUGGUAUAGAUAAUGUAAAUAGAUCAAAAAUGAAAACGAGAGGAAAUUAAAGAAAAUGAUGUUAUAAAAUAUUUUAAACAAAUCAGC